CUGGUUCUCAGAAAGAAGGAGCUGGGAGUCGGAGUGGGCCAGCGGAGGCAGCAGACAGGGGGGCCACAGGAGCGCCACAGCAGCGCAGAGAGCCGGCGGUCUGCAGACACGCGAGAGGACCCGCAAGAGGAAGAAGAAGAAGAAAAACGCUGACGCACGAUCUGGCGGAGAUUACAACCUCGCGGGUGCCGAGCUGAGCACGGCGGGACCCCCUGGUGCACGAGACGAGACCAGAGCCGCGAGGACUACAAAAGAAAGAAAUAAAGAAGAAGAAGUAACUCGGCAGGGUGGGACGGAGUAAUCCAGGAAGUGUGGCGGCGGGUCAUGUGGGAGGCGACGAGUCUGAACAGGUGACACACCGGCACUCAGGUGUAUGACCUCUGCUGACCUCCAAGCAAAGGACCAAAGAGGAGCGAGAGGCAGAAUAAAUCCGGCACCCAUCUUCUCCUGGGUUUAUGGACCGGAGGUGGCAAUGUCUCCAGGAGAGGACGGUCUGAUUGGGAUCCCCUUCCCGGAGCACAGCAGCGAGCUGCUGUCCCAUCUAAAUGACCAGAGGAGGACGGGCCUUCUCUGCGACCUCACUCUGACAUCCCGCGGGGCCCGCUACCCGACUCACCGCUCCGUCAUGGCUGCCGUCAGCCUCUACUUCCGCGGGCUGUUCGGGGCGGAGGACGGGGCCGGCGAGGGCGGCGCGGGCUUCAGCGUGUGCCAGCUCGACUGCGUGGCGCCCGACGCCCUGGACGCCCUUCUGGAGUUUGCCUACACUGCCACGCUGACCAUCCCCGGCUCCGGGAUGAGAGAUGUGCUGCGAGGGGCUCAGCUCUUGGGCAUCCAGUGCGUGGCUGACGCGUGCAGAGACAUCCUGGGGGAGACGGCGGAGGGGGCGGCGGCGGCGGAGGAGGAGCAGGAAGUCCAAAACACGGCUACUGAGAGGAUGUCUGGGGGGGAGAAUAGGGGGGAGAGAGGCUCUCGAAGGAAAAUGGACAAAAAGAAGAUGAAAAGAGUCAUGUCGCAUCACAUCAACUUCUCAGUCUUUAACCCACCGCCCGCUUCUCCCAUCUCGCACCCGUCGCCUUCAUCCGACAGCGUCCGCUCCCUGCCGUCGACCCAGCCGCCCAGCCCCGAGCAGGAGGAGCUUUGCGUCAAGUCCAGGCAGAAUGGAGUUCCACGAGGGAUCAGAAAGCCAGGGCAAGGGGCCACACCAAAUGGAGGGCUCCUUCACUGGCUGCACGAGCGCCCCCUUGUGGCCCAACCGCCUCCUGCGCCGCCCUCGAACGACAAGCUGUCGGAGGAUGAGGACACGGAGGGUUUCGGCGACGACGGCGUGCUGAUGGAGAGCACCUCCGUGCCGACCUCCGCCUCUGAUCGAGGAGCGGAGGCCUCGGCGGCGGGGGUCGGGAGGAAGAGGAAGUCUCAGACGCCGCAGCAGUGCCCCGUUUGUCAGAAGAUCAUCCACGGAGCGGGAAAACUGCCCCGACACAUGAGGACGCACACGGGGGAGAAGCCCUUCCAGUGCUCUGCCUGUGGCGUCCGUUUCACCCGGAACGAUAAGUUGAAGAUCCACAUGAGGAAGCACACGGGCGAGCGUCCUUACCCUUGCCCUCACUGCCCCGCGCGGUUCCUCCACUCGUACGACCUAAAGAACCACCUGUCCCUGCACAGCGGGGCGAGGCCCUUCGAGUGCCCGCUCUGUCACAAGGCCUUCGCCCGGGAGGACCACCUCCAGCGCCACCGCAAGGGACACAGCUGCCUGGAGCUGCGCACGCGUCGACCCCGACGUGGGGCGGAGCUAGGGGAGGAGCUUGGGGAGGAUGGGCGGGGGGAUGAAGGCGAGAGGGAGCAGUCCAACCCACUGGAGGCCUCGUCUCUACAGGCCCACCCCUCUGCGUUCUUCCCUCACACGGUGCUGGACGGCGGGAGUGGAUCCGGAGUCGGCCCCCCGCUGAUGUUUUCAGGUGACGUCGAGAGGGAGCGAUCCCUCGCCCUUCAGGCUUUGGCUCAACUCGGGCCUCACAGGCUGGCCGGCUAUCCUGAGCUCCUCCUGCGAAGUCUGGAGGAGCUGCGAGGAGGUCGAGAGGCGGAGGGAGAAGAUCCAGGAGGAGCCCACUCGCCGGCCGGGCAGCGCGACCGAUGGGCUGAUGAAGUUGAAGAGGAAAUUGGAGAGGAGGAAGAGGAAUAGUAAAAUGAGUGUGUGUGUAUGUAUAUAUAUAUAUAUAUACGUGUGUGUGUCUGUGUGGUUGAGCAUCCACAGUAAAAAAAAAUCUCACUCAGGUGGCUGGACUAAUGACCUGCUGCUCCCACAUAGAGCGCUUACAAAAUAAAUACAACUAAAUCAUAUUAAAAAAAUACAAUGGAAAACGGGUUUUCUUAGAUAUUUUAAAUGUUCUGUCUUCUGGCUCUUGGUGUUUUUAUUUAAUUUGUCUUUUAGGUUUUAUUUCUCGUUUGCUGUUUAAUUUGAUGUAUUUUAGUUUUGAGCCGUUUGGUUUGAUUUUUCUAGCUGCAGUGCGAGUGUGUGUCGUGGUACCUGGGAUGGUUCUCACUAUGCAAACUAAAAUCCAGAGCUGCAACAUGAAGGGAAUUUUGAAGAUGUUAGAUUGUAGUUACAACAUAAAUGUAUUGAUUCAGGUGCAAUUCAGGAGUCACAUGACCUAGAUGGCAACAAUGAGUUUGUCUAUCCGUUGUCCUCCGGUGGAGAUGCAGGGUCAUGGAACUCAUUCUGUACAUUGAAAGCAAUAAUGUUUGUCUUUUCUUGUUGGUGGUAAUCCCUGCUUUUGAUUUGGUGCUUGAACCAAAGAUUUUGAGUUGAACUGUUUUCUUAAACCUAAGUUAACAGGAGAGGUGAAUUGUAGCCAACGUUGGACUUUAAGAGGAGACUCUUCCCAACGGUUUUGUAAGCCAUGAGAGAAUCUGCUUCCAUGUUUGAGUGUUUUUCGUGGAGCUGCGUGUGAAAUGCCUGACCAAAAGGGACAAAGUCUGGAUCAAUGAGUCGAUGUCGAUUAUGUUGAAGACUAUUCUUCUUUUCCCAAAGACUGGAUGUCAGUCAUCCAAUGCGCUCAUUUGGUUUUCUUGUUUUGAAAAAAGAAAAAUGGGGCAAAGAAAGUGAGGGCAGGAAUGAGAUGGUGCCCCCCGACCCCCCUUUUUCUUUACUUAUUUAUUUAUUGUUAUUUAUUAUGGUUCUUUUGCUGACAUUCUUGUGAGACCAAAUCCAAGGAGGGGACACAGAUCACAUGCGUCUCAAAAAAAACCCUGCAUUGCCCUAAAGAUCUUGACUCAACAUCUCCGUGUAACUUAAUGCCUUUUUAUGGGCUGCUUGUUUACUUUUUGGCGAUUCUUCCUCGAAUGCAUUCUUUGCACAUCAAACCCUGUCAGGUACUUGCAAUAAUACAGGCACAUUCCAUCCGGGGUACAGAGAAGGUAACUGAGCAAGGAAAAAGUCAGAAGGUUUAAAACCUUUUGAUGUAACUGGAACACAAAAUGACUGUUUGACAUUUUCAGCAUGCUUUUCGGUUUGUUAAUUUAACAUGUAUAGUACUGUAUCACAUGUUCACGUGGCAGUUCUUCUAGAUCGGAAGGGGCCAUUCUCCUUUGAGUUUAUCUAUCUUUGACCAAAAAUCUUUUUAAUUUCCUCAUGCUUUCCCGAGACCAGUUCAUGAAAGGCCUUUCGCAGGGUGUGAUGCAAUCUCUAAUGGCUUUAAACAACGGCGGUUGUCUUUUUUUAUUCCUAAUUCUAUUGAAACCCAUGCAGUCAGAACAUGGUCAGUCACGCUGGCCUGGCCACGCGUGCACUAUUCGCUCCUAGUUGUGGAGGACAUCUAUUUUUUUGUUUUUUUUGUUGUCUAUUUGCACUAUGAGAUUUGAGCGCUUCAAGCCUUUUUGUCUGACCUUUCAUAUCUAGUUCAUUAACUCACUCGAUAACAUUUAAGAUUGUGAUUGAAAUGCUUCUUUAAAACCUGCAUACAUUGAAUACUCUUCCUUCUGCAUAAUAGUACAUAUGAUAUAUAUAUAUUGGGAUGAAGUUGCCUUAGGUUUUUUUUUUUAUUAUUAUGCUGCAACUACUCUCAGGAAAUCUUGAGCAAUGCACUAAGUGAUUAUAUAAAAUAUAAAAUGGGAAGUGAUUGUUUGGUGCUGUCAGGUGAAUGACACUCUUCAUGAAAGUAUUUAGCCAGUAGUUUAAAAAUCAGAACGGGCUUAUUGCCAAGUGUGUUUGCACAUCCAAGGAAUUCUUAACAAUAAACUAAAUUAAUUGGUAAAAAGACAUGGAGAAUGUGGAAACCUACGAUAGAAUUUGACAAACAAAAAAAUAAUGUUUAAAUGUUAUUAAGGUCUGUAAUCCUUGUGUGUUUGCAAAAAUACUUGUCAAUAAAUAUGAAUGAAAAUGAGAGAUUUUGUAUAUUUGUUAUUCGACAGGGAUAAAUAAAAAAAGGCAUAAUAGGCGUGAUUGUAAACUACUGGCCUUACUGGAACGAGUCCUACUGGAAUGACGGUGUGACGGUUGGGCUCGUUCAUGAAGGGUGUUGGUGCUCCGGGUCGGAGCUUUGUGAAUGAAUGAGGGUUAACUGAUGCCAGCUGUGAAGUGUGUGUGUUUCUAUGUGAGCGGUUUGUUUUCUUGGCUUGGGUGAAGGGACACGGGGUCCGGUCUGUGUAGAGACCCCGCUAUCAGGGAUACACUUUUCUCUUUCCAUUUUUAGUGGAACCUUCUCAGAGAUAUGAAUUCAUUUUCCCAUCAUUUGUUUCAGUUAAUGUAAAGAAAAUAAAUAAACAUAUCUAAGCUUGA